UCAGUUCAACUUAUUAUUUUUUUGGUUUAACCAAAACGAUAGUUAUGAUGUUAAAGAAAAUGCUGGUCCUUUGUGCUUACUUACUGAAUUCAUUUGGUGAUUCUUCGGGCGAAAGUGAGCAUAUGAUCUGCAAAAAAAUCAAAAACGUCUUUGAGAGCGAUAUUAAUCAACCCUCCGACAAUUCACCAUUACGUAUUCAGCAGGGUCGCCCUGGUAAAAUUGGACCGAAAGGUGAAGUGGGACCACUGGGCCCCUCAGGAAAUCGUGGACCGAUUGGCGUCGUCGACUACGAACGUGUAAACUCAACUACAAGAGAAAUAGUUUCUAAAGCUAUUUCGGACUCACAAGAAGAAAUGGAACGAGAAUGGAAUGAAAAACUUGGAAGACUAGAUGUAAAAUACCAAUCUAUUGUGGCAAGUUUGAAACAAUCAUUAGGUCACUGCGUAAUAGCGUAUGGUGGAGUUUGCAGUUUUAUCUUGAAAGGAGGAUGGAAUUGGUCAACAUCCCUAUCAACAUGUACUAACGUAGGCGCUCACCCAGCUGAUAUUUUUGAUAAAGAGCAUUUGAACUUACUGAAGAAUUAUAUAAGAAAAAUCGCGAUGUUGAAAACUGACAGCUGGGUGGUGUAUUACACCGGGAUGCAGUACAGCGUGCAGACAAAACAAUCAACACUUUACAAUGGGGCCAACGGUGGUUAUGUAGAAUGGUAUCCAAAUGGCCAUGAACCACUACAAUCAUCGCAAAACAAGCAUGUUGUUCUUGGAGUUCGCAAAGAUGAAAAUCAGAACGAAGGAAUGUUCACGCGCAAAGAAACGGAUAGCUAUCAUGGAGUUAUUUGCCAGUUUGAGAUAUAAUAUAUACAAGAAUAUAAUAAUGCCAGCUGUACUAUACGUCCCAAGUAUGCAUAAAAUGAAACCCAGAAAUAUAUAUUAUCACACAGAUUCCUAUUUCUCAAAGUAUGAUGUGACUGGAGCUAGUUCACCAAAUAGAUAACGUCCCUGUUGUGUCACAUAUGGCUAUGGUUGUUCUAUAGCAAUAUUUAGGCAAACAAUCUGACAAAUUGGAGCUGUUUGUAAAUAUAUAUAUAUUCACCAUUAAGAGUGAAAACUUCUAUUGAACUUAUUUUCUGCGUCUGAAAAACUUUCGCCGUCCGACAAACCUCCUGGUAUAUGGCAAAUUUGGACGUUAUAGUUAUACAUUUAUUAUUGGACGAAUCUAUACUGAAACCCAGUUAACAAGAUUAAAAGCUGUGUGCUGUAUGAUAACGUGUGCCCUAAGUUAAUAGACUCAAGUAAAAUGUAUUGAAUAUAGGAGUAUUUUGUGGUUUUAUCGCCCACAAACACCCAGUGAAUAAUAAGGUAAUACAAAUAUUAUGUACAAAAAUAAACUCGUGAU